UUGUGUGAAGUAGUACCCUACUUACUCCCUAGGUUCCAUCCAUCUCACACAACACACUCAGAAGGCUCGAACCCUUAUUCCCCUGCAUUCACCUCUGGUUUCGUUUUCCAUCAAUUCACCAACAAAUUCAACACCAAAAACAUCCACAAUCAACGAAUUCGAGCGGCAGGACCACCAGAAGAUCCGCAAUCACCGAUUCCAAAAGCGAUUUUGUCAGUAAUAUCUUCGUUUUCGGCAGUUUACGUUAGCAUAAACCCUAAUUCGAUCUUCAAUUGUUCAUUGUUCAAUUCAUGUGUUGUUAUACGAAGCAGAUUGACACAUGAAGGUGUGCAAAUGUUUAUGUUAUGAUUUUUGUUGUUUAUGGUUUGAAAUAGACUGCAAGUGGUUGUUUGAAUGCCUUGCUUACAAUUGAAAUAGAUAUAUAAUUAGGUUUGGAUUUGACCUAGAUUUAAUAUGGAAAACGAGGUGAUUGAAUUUGACAUUGGGAUUGGGGGAGGUGGAGAUGAAUCUGUAGCUAUUAUUGAUGAUGAGGACUUAACCGAUGAUUCACCGACUGCCGGGAUUAAUCUGGGAGGAAUGACCGGGAGUGGGAGUGGGAGUGGCGGUUUUUUCAUGGAUAAUUUGAGUUACGUUUCUCAAAGGGAUUUAGAUCUUGAACCAUGUGAAGGGAUGGAGUUUGAGUCGGAAGAGGCUGCCAAGGGUUUUUAUAACUCGUAUGCUCGUCGUGUGGGGUUCAGUACUCGUGUUAGUUCGUCUCGCAGGUCUAGGAAGGAUGGUGCUAUCAUACAGAGGUCCUUUGUUUGUGCCAAAGAAGGGUUUCGUAACUUAAAUGAGAAGCGGACGAAGUAUAGAGAGAUUAAACGCCCACGUACUGUCACUCGUGUAGGUUGUAAAGCGUCGAUGUCCGUUAAGAUUCAAGAUUCGGGGAAGUGGGUUGUGUCAACGUUUGUUAAAGAGCAUAACCACGAGCUGGUUCCACCGGACCAGGUUCAUUGUUUACGUUCCCACCGCCAAAUCUCGGGUCCCGCCAAGACUUUGAUUGAUACUUUGCAGGCUGCAGGGAUGGGGCCCCGGAGGAUAAUGUCGGCUUUGAUUAAAGAGUAUGGUGGCAUUAGUAAAGUUGGAUUCACAGAGGUAGAUUGUAGAAACUACAUGAGGAAUAAUCGCCAAAGGAGUUUAGAAGGAGAUAUACAGCUUCUUCUUGAUUAUCUGAGGCAAAUGCAUGCCGACAAUCCGUCAUUUUUCUAUGCGGUCCAGGGGGACGAUGAACAGUGCACGGGUAACGUUUUCUGGGCUGAUGCGAAGGCAAGGGAGAACUACAUGUACUUUGGGGAUACUGUCACAUUCGACACCACUUACAGAUCAAACAGAUACCGUUUGCCUUUUGCACCUUUUACCGGGAUCAAUCAUCAUGGGCAGCCUGUGUUAUUCGGCUGUGCGUUUCUCUUAAACGAAACUGAAUCGUCAUUCGUAUGGCUGUUUAAGACUUGGGUUUCAGCAAUGUCUGGUCGCCCCCCAGUGUCAAUCACGACAGAUCAUGACACGAUCAUACGGUCAGCCAUUAUGCAUGUUUUUCCCGACACCCGACAUCGCUUCUGCAAGUGGCACAUUUUCAAAAAGUGCCAGGAGAAGCUAUCCCAUGUGUUUCUUCAGUAUCCGAAUUUCGAAGCGGACUUCCAUAAAUGUGUGAAUUUAUCCGAUUCAGUUGAUGAAUUCGAAGCCUGUUGGUUGCUACUUGUUGAUAAAUACGAUCUCAGGGAUCACGAAUGGCUUCAAGCGAUAUACUCCUCACGCAGACAAUGGGUCCCUGUGUAUUUGCGUGAUACAUUCUUCGCCGAAAUGUCUAUAACGCAACGCAGCGAUAGCAUGAACUCUUAUUUUGAUGGAUAUGUAAAUGCGUCAACUACUUUAAACCAGUUUGUUAAACUGUAUGAGAAAGCAUUAGAGAGCCGUAACGAGAAAGAAGUUAAAGCGGAUUACGAUACGAUGAACACGCUCCCUCCUUUGCGGACUCCUUCCCCGAUGGAGAAACAAGCAUCUGAACUUUACACAAGAAAGAUAUUUUUGAGAUUUCAAGAAGAGUUAGUUGGGACACUUACUCUUAUGGCAUCAAAAGUCGAGGAUGACGGUGAGGUCACAAUGUAUCAAGUAUCGAAAUUCGGGGAGGACAACAAAUGCUACCGUGUUAGCUUCAAUGUUCUGGAAAUGAGAGCUACUUGCAGCUGCUGUAUGUUUGAAUUUUCAGGGCUUCUAUGUAGACAUGUGUUGGCGGUUUUCAGAGUGACAAAUGUUCUUACUCUUCCUUCUGGUUACAUUUUAAAGCGAUGGACGGUCAACGCCAAGAGCAGUGUUAUACUUGAAGAACGAGUUAAUGAUGCGUUUUCUAGUUAUCUGGAGUCGCAUACUGUCAGAUAUAAUACACUUAGACACGAGGCUUUUAAAUUUGUAGAAGAAGGGGCUGAAUCUGUCGACACAUACAAUGUAGCCAUGGCUGCAUUGGAAGAAGCUGCAAGUAAAAUUUCCAUGGCUGCAAAAAAUGAAGGAAGAGCGGUUUUGAUUAACGGGCGUAGCAGGGACGAUUCAAGAAGUAACGGAACGUUGCCAAAAAGGAAUACUGUAAAUCAUCAUGGAAGUUCGGACCAGAAUAUAUCAGAGGAUGAGAAGGACAGGAAGAUCGAACAACUUAACAAUGAGCUGGAUUGUGCUAGGCGCAAAUGUGAAGUUUAUAGGAACAAUCUGCUUUCAGUAUUAAGAGACAUUGAAGAUCAUAAACAGCAGCUAUCACUUAAAGUCCAGAUCAUGAGGUAUAGCAUGAAAGAUUGCUUGUAAAGCUUGGUUUGAACAUGUUAUAGUAUAUCUUUUUUCAUAGUACCAGGGGCUCUUUUUGCUGGCUGUUUCUACCUUCAAAGGAUUAUUGGAUGCCCAACAUACUUACAUUAUUACAUACAUAUAUACAUGCAUAUAUGUAUGUAUGGAUGUAUGCAUGUAUGUAUGUAUAGCUUCGUUACUUGUUAUAUAAUACUUACAACUUUAAUGAUUUGUUGCGGCAUAAUGCCAAAAAUAAAUGAGGUAGGGUUCAUUUAUUGUUGUGGCAUAUGUUAAAGCCUGUUCAACUCAUAUGAUAUUGCAUAUACUAUUGUUUUGUGUUUAA